AUGGAUGAAGGGAGCCUCAGGUUUAAGAAGGUUGAUUUGGGGAAGGAAGAUGUCUCCACCAUAACUAUAUAUUUUGAUCCGAUCGAUUUGUCAGCGCUGGCAGAUGCGGCUCCAGUUACUAUCACGGUACCUGGGCUAAUUCCUUAUGACAAUGAUGAUGCGGUACCAUGGGACUAUGGUGGAGAGGUUUACUAUAAUGGGGAGAAGCAGGAAGAUCAGGAUGCAGCCGUAAAGAUCCCUACCAAGAAAGCUUCCGUCGAAGCGUCACCAGGUGCUGCUAAGAAACCUUCGACAAAGGUAAGUCGAAAGCCCCCACCAGUCCAAAAAAGAAAGAAAGAAGAGAAGAAAGAAGAGGAGAAAGUUUCCAAUGAAGAAUCUGGUGAUGAAUCUCCAGAGCCAAACCCCCCUCCUCAGAAGAAGACAAAAAUCAAGAGGGUCUCUUUCCAAAGAUCCAUUGUUAAGUCAGCUAAAAAAGAUUCUUCAAGUACUCCAACUGCCAAACUUCAGUCGAAGGAUACAGAGAGUGGGAAAUCUAGUUUUAAUACUUAG